CGCGGAGCCGUGUCUACAGGCCAGCGGGCGGCUCGCGCCGCGGAGGAGGUUGCUUCUCACUAGGGAUGGUGGAGUUGGAUGGAGACUCCUUCAGUCCUCCUCCAGGAUGAACCACCUUCCGGAAGACAUGGAGAACACUCUGACAGGGAGCCAGAGCUCACACGCUUCUCUGCGUGACAUCCAUUCCAUCAAUCCUGGGCAGCUCAUGGCCAGGAUUGAGUCCUAUGAAGGAAGGGAAAAGAAAGGCAUAUCUGAUGUCAGGAGGACUUUUUGUCUUUUUGUCACCUUUGACCUCUUAUUUGUAACGUUACUGUGGAUAAUAGAGUUAAAUGUGAACGGAGGCAUCGAGAACACCCUGAAGAAGGAGGUGGCUCACUAUGACUACUACUCCUCUUACUUUGAUAUAUUUCUUUUGGCAGUUUUUCGAUUCAAAGUGCUGAUACUUGGGUAUGCUGUAUGCAGAUUACGCCAUUGGUGGGCAAUAGCGUUGACAACAGCAGUGACCAGUGCCUUUCUGUUAGCAAAAGUGAUCCUCUCAAAGCUUUUCUCUCAAGGGGCGUUUGGCUAUGUGUUGCCCAUCAUUUCCUUCAUCCUCGCCUGGAUUGAGACGUGGUUCCUGGAUUUCAAAGUGUUACCUCAGGAAGCAGAGGAAGAAAACAGACUACUGCUAGUUCAGGAUGCAUCGGAGAGGGCAGCUCUCAUCCCUGCAGGGCUCUCUGAUGGUCAGUUUUACUCCCCUCCCGAGUCUGAAGCAGGAUCUGAAGAAGAAGCUGAGGAAAAACAGGACAGUGAGAAACCGCUUUUAGAACUAUGAGUUCUGCUCUGUGAAUGUGAAGAACCUCACUGCAAGUCGUCCAAGGAGGCCAGCUGAAGUGGUGGAUCUGCUCACUGCUGGAUGCUGAUGAGCUAGUGAGUUUAUUUAUGGUGAUACCUCAUGGACAUUGCUCCACCUCCACUCACAUCAUCCCUUCCUGCGACCAUUGGGUCAUGCUGUGGUCCUUCCUCUAGUCUGUGAGUUUCGGUCUGACCUGAUAAUGAAUAACUCAGUCUCGUGCUGCAUCUGAAUCAAAAGACUGCUUAAUACAUUAAAAUAACGAUUUUGUAGUAAGUGAGAUACCUUUUUAUUUCAAUUCUCAGAAUGUAUUUUUUUUGUUUCGUGUCUCAGAUUUCUUUUGUAUUUCUUUCUAACUCCUUACAUUUCACUUCUGUUUUUAAACUCAUGCACAUGUGCUCUUUAUACAAUUUUAAAAUAAUAAAUCCAACAUAUCAAAA